AAAAUCUUUAGCGGUUUAAAAUUUAAACCCAACGUAUGUACAAUACAAAGUAGUUCAACUCCGAAAGAUUUUUAGCUGUUUAUAUACUUAAAUAUAGAUAACAAAGAUGGAACCAAUGGCUUUGGGAUCACCAGUAGGUAGUCCAGCACAGUCCCCUAAUAGUCCUGGAGUCAACUCUGCUUACCUACCUGGAUUCUUACUUGGAGAUUCUCACCAGCAACCAAGAAUAAGUGUCAUGAGUCCAGAAUCAUCUCGCUUCACCCAUCCUGGACACCAUGGAAGUUCAAGUUCACCAGUAUCAAGUUAUGCUACUCCUGAAUAUAGAUUAAAUCGACAGAAAGCAAUGUUUGGUGGAAACACCAAUGCAAAUGGGCCACACAUAGGUAAUGAAAAUCAUGUUGGUGGCCCACCAACUAAAUCAUUAUAUGAAAGCUUGGACACAAGACAGUCAUUGAAUACUUCACAUAACAUUUCUACAAACAAUCAAAGCAUAAAUCAGUCUAGAUUACUGAGUACAGGAUUUGCAAACAAUACCUACAAUUCUCUAUUUUGUGAUACGCCAUUGAAUACUACACAAAAUGAAUCAACACAAGGGCUUUUGCAAUGGAUAACAGUAUUUGGAUUUCCUAUGUCUGCUUUAAACACUGUUUUAUCACAUAUCUCUAGUAGGGUAAGAAUUGUUGAUAGACAUUCUGCACCUCACUCACAGAGUAAUUGGAUUCAUUUAAAAUGUUUAUCCGAACAAGAAGCUCAACGAGCUCUGGCUUGUAAUGGCAAUAUUGUAUCUGGCUCUAUUAUGAUUGGUGUCAUCCCUUGCACUGAUGAAGGUGUAAUACUAGGUGGAGACAAAGAAAAUCGCACAAAAAUGAAUGAAAGCAUGAGAUUAUUUUCUACACCUGUAAAACAAUCUGGUUUAAAUUCUACCAAAACUCCAAUCAGAUUGCAAAAUGUUAGACCAUUAGUUUCAAAUUACAAUCAGCACUUGAGCUCACAAGCUGUUCAAUCUCCAGAAAAUGUGCCACAUAAAUCUACUGGUAUAGUCACAAAAGCAAUGGAAUAUGUUUUUGGAUGGUGAUAAUAUUUAUUAAGAAUUUUCUUUUUGACAAAUGCUCAAUGAGUAAAUAGUGUUAUUUCAAAUAAUUAAUGGUGCAUUACCCUAUUUAGCAAUAUCUUCCAGAUUUCUAAUAUGUUUAACAGCAAAUAUGUAAAUAUAAUUGUGUUAACAUUUAAGUUGAUAAUGAAAAAUCAUACUGUAAUUUCUUUUAAUUAUUUUGGAAUAGUAGUUAUCUUUAGUCCUUUGUGACGGAAAAAUAAUUUUUUUAAGAUUUUGAGUCGAGAUUCAACUAAAGUUGAUACUCUGCAAAUUGUAAAACUCAAUUCGAAUAACUUUCAUAGCUAUUUUUAAUUGCAAAUCAAAAUUUUAAAUCAACUGUCUACCAUAAAUUUGCAUGAAAUUUCGUUAAAAUGAUUUGUCUUUAUUCUAAAUUUGUAAAACAUCCAAUCGACUAUUUUAAAUAUUCUAGCUAAAUGUUGUUAAUGAAUAAGAUUCAUGUCAUCUUGAGUUAAGUAACAGAACUACAAUAC